AUGGAUAUCUCUCAGCCUCCUCGUCGUCCGGAUAUAAAUACGAGGUUGAUCUCUCGACAACAUGCCUCUCCAAACAGAUCAACCUGAAAUCAUUUUGACCAUCUCUCAAGCCCACCUUCACAGUCUCUCGUUUAUUAAAUCGCCAAGAUGAAGUUCUCCAUGGUCCCCUCGUUGCUUCUUCCCCUCCUGGCGGCUGCUGCCCCAACCGCUCCGCAGAACCCUCCUUUCGGAGUCAUGUCCGCUCGCUCUGCUUCCCCCAUUCACCUCCUCCCCAUGACUGCUUCCGGCCAGAAGUUCUACCUUGGCGGAGAGACCUCCUCCUACUGCCCCCUCACUGAGGGCUGCCCUCCCGGCGACCAGACCGUUUUCGCCCCUGGUGGCUAUGGCUUGAGCGUUGUGGUCCCUGGCGGCCAGCAGGUCUAUGUUGACCCCAACGGCGCUCUGUCCUUCACCCAGGCCCACUCCGCCUAUAUCCCCGAGGGCUCCGCUGUGGGCCCCUUCAACUACAAGCCCGGCGAGGAUUAUGGCUACUACACCUUCAACGGCUGGGGUGCUUCCGGCUUCAUGGCUUGCCCUACUGAGGACAAGCGCUGGCAGGUGUUUGCCGCUGUCCAGAACGCCACUGUUCCCAAGGGCAACGUGGCUGAAUGCAUUGGCUUCAGUGCCCUGGCUCCCAAUGCUACAGCCCCUGGUGCUUGGCAAUACGCUUAAAUCCGCACUUGAGUACGUAAUCCUGAUUUGAGAGAUAAUCAGGAAUGCGAAGAGGUUAUCGAUCCGCAACGCAGGGAUUGUCUUGGUUGUGUAAAUUACUCCUGUUGAUGAGAUAUGACACGCCUUUUGUAUAUAUGCAACAAUUGAAAUGCAGUAGUGCUUAGGGUAUCGCAACUUUUAUUCUGAUGUAAUUCUAU